AUCCUCUCGCCACAGACAGCAUGGCACAAUCGAACGAAGAUCAGCAGCAGGAGAUUCUACUGUCCAUUCAGAUAGAGGACUAUGUGGUGUACUCGAUGCUGUGUCUUGUGGUCUACGAGUUCGUUAUCACACUCGACCAAGAAAUUGCCGUCGUAUGGAGGCGGAAGUUCACACUCACCUCGCUGCUGCUGCUGAGCACUCGAUGGCUCAUGCUACUGAACCCUAUCCU